AUGAAUCCCGCUAAGCGCAAACGAGGAGAGAAGAGACGUGCUUCAUUGGCCUGCGAGACCUGCCGGAAGCAAAAGGAGAAAUGUGAGGGUGGUCCUCCAUGCUGGCGAUGUGAGCGCCUUGGCCGACCAUGCCAUUUUCAAGGACAACAGAUUUCGAAUCUGUCGACGCCGGGUGUUUCGACCAUACCCGUUGUGUCUGUUCCCAGAGAGGAUAUCCAGCGAGUACAAAAUCUAGAGUAUAUCGUGAAACACUUCCUCGGAGAUGUACCUCUAGAUCAGGAGAAUCUUGGCCGGGUCGCCGACAAAUUGCAAAACCAGGCAACAAAUUCGACUCAACCUGAGAGUUCCCUGAAUGUGAACGAGUCAUUCGAUGUGCAUUUCGUGUCGAGUAACAUGGCGCAUUACUCCGGAGAAUUCUCGCAUUGGAACUUUUCGCAAAAGAUACGUCGCAAAAUGAGCUGCCAGAUUGAUCAGCUUGAUACCAGGGUCAAAGAAUACUGGCGUCCAACGCAGCUCCAAUCAUCUCCCGAAGUCAUUACAAAUUCUAUGACCCAGUUACCACCGAGGGCCAUCGCCGACUUCCUCGUCUGUAUGUUCUUCAAAUACGCCGAGAUCAAUUCCUUUUACAUGGAACGAAAGUGGAUCGAGGAAAAAGUGGCCCUUUGCUACGACCAUACCACCAACUACAGUGCCAGUGAUUUCCCAUGGGUGUGCUCUGUGUUUGCUGUCCUCGCAAUUGGUACUCAAGUGGCACACAUGGAAGAUGAAAAGCCAAAGCCAGAUUCCGAAACAGCUGAUGAUCUGACUCUUUGCUCCGAGGAUUCUGUCGGACUUGUAUUCUACCAUGUGGCCUGCAAACUCAUUCCGGAUGUGCUUUUAGUUGCGUCUCAUGAGAGUGUGCAAGUGUUUCUUCUUCUUGCAACAUACUCCUUGCCGGUGUCGACUGGGGGGCUGGCAUACACUUAUUACGGGCUUGCAAUGAAAAUGGCUAUACAGAACGGUAUGCAUCGCAAAUAUGUCGGUGGGGACAUUGAUGCUCGAACAAUUGAAACGAGGAACCGUUUAUUCUGGACUGCCUAUACCGUAGAGAAAUACGUUAGCAUUAUGCAUGGACGCCCCUUAUCUAUAGCUCGAUCCGAGAUCAACGCCGAUCUUCCAACAGACAAUUCUACAUUUGAGUCGCCGCGGUUUGCAAAUAUGACCGCCUUCCAUACCUUGAUUUCAUACCUAGGCGAAGUGGCAGAGACUUUAUCUCAAUUCAAGAAAUGUCCCAAGAGGCUCCUAUCCGAAUACUCCGAGCGACUGCUACGAUUGAGGACUAGCAUCAAGCAGUGGUGGGAUUCACUAUCUGCCACUAUAGAAUGUCGAGAUCUAUGCUCCCAAGGCCCGCUUUUCCGGCAAAACUCGCAUCUACGACUGUGUUACCUACUCAUUUACGUUUACAUGGGCCGCCCGUUUAUAUUUGUCGACAAGAAGGAUCACAAUAACGAAGGUGGGCCCAGUGCAGAUAACGACGCAGGGCAAGCACGCCGAUCAGUUCUAGUGGAUGACUGCGUAUCUAGCGCUUUGGACAUUCUCAACACUCUCCAGUCUUUAUCAGACCACGUCGGUCUUUGUCGAGCCUCCUACAACGAAUUCGGGGCUUGUCGAGCUGCUCUUCUCGUGAUACUUGCGGAAAGUCUCAAUUCGGGAAAAUCUCAAAGGCUGCAAGAUGGCUUACAACGUGGAAUGAGUCUCAUACGUCAAAUGAUUGGAGGAAGCUCUUCCCAGUCGGAGAUAUCGUACAUCGAGUCUAUCGAAGCGGCUAUCAGUCAGCUCCUUGAAGCUCCUGAGGGAGAUGUCGCUUCUCAAUCAAACACAGAACACAGCACCAUCUCCGCCUAUGCAAAAUUCAAAGACUGGACGCAAUCAUUAAAGAAAGAUAAGGGCGCAGUUGGUAGUAAUAUGGAGAUAUCAUCUUUCAGUCCACUUUCGCAUCUUACGCCUGGGAGCGGAGGCUUUGCAAAUCCCGAUCUCAAUGACAUGACCGGAUUCUUCAAUCCUGAUUGGUCGAACAACGAUAUGGAAUUUGAUUCAAAUAUUCUCUCGCUACUGUCGAAAUGA